AUGCGGGCAAUCCUCGCUUGGGCCCUUCUCGGCCUUUUGUUGAUAGGCAUUGAGGCGAAGAGCAAACGGGGGAACACCAAGACGACAGCUGCGGAAGAGAUACCAGUACCGCCGACGAAAAAAACCGGAAAAACCAAAGCCGCCCCCGAGCCGGUGGUCGAGAAAAAGCGCGCUGGGAAUAAGCGAACCGAGCUAGACGAGGACAACACGAUCGAAGAUGUUGACGAGGACAAAAUUGACGAGAUCCUGCGAGACGCCACCAAGAAUUUGGUCAUCUUCUUCUAUGACGGCCGAUCGUCUUGCCCAAUGUGCACCGAGGCCUUGACAAAAAUUGAGGAAAUUGACGAUGAUAUCGAGGCGACUGGCUAUAUUCAGGUAGUGAAAACCGAUGACCGUGGCGUGGCCAAGGAGUUGGGCGUAACAACUUUCCCAGCCUUGGUUUACUAUCGGCGGAAAAACCCCAUCAUGUAUGACGGUGAAUUCAAGGAUCCGACAGCCGUUCUCAAAUGGGUUCGCGCGCACGAUGAAGUUGCAACCUGGGAGCUAACCGACGACAAUUUCGAGUCGCGAACCGAUGCGCAUUCCCCGGAUGAGGGCACGCUUGAUUGGUUCGUCAUGUUCUACGAUGCCGAUGAGGCGCCGUGCAACUCUUUUGUUGCCGUACUGGAGACUGUCGCGCACAAGCUUCGCGGCCUCGUGCACGUCGGAAAAGUGGAAGUGUCCAUCAACGACGACGUCACCGAGCGGUUCCACAUUGACGAAAAUGAGUGCCCGACGUUCUUUUUGUUCCACCGUGGCAAGAUGUACCGCUACAAGGAAUCCGCAAAGGACGUCCGCUCGUUGACAAACUUUGCGCUCUUCAAGUUCAAGGAGCAGAGGGGGCACCGUGUCCCAGACCCGCCAACAGCCAUCGAGCACUUCUACGAGUUUGCCAAGGAGAAAAUCGUGGACGUUAUGGAAGACAACCAUACCCUUUCGGUGAUCGGAGUCGGGGGCCUUGUGCUGAUCGUCGCCACAACAAUCUUCCUCAAGGCCCAGCGGAUCCGCCGAGAGGAGAAGCCGACAAAGAACGAG